AGCAUUGUUGAAUUGUUCCCUUAUGUGACAUGGCGUCAGAUAGAAAAGUUUCUUCAUAGAGGAAUAUAAGCGUUAUUAUUGUUUUUAUGACAUCAUUUGGCAAAGCGGCUUAUUGUAAAAGCCACAAGUAUUUUCUAGAGAUUUGCAUUGAUGGUAAUGCAUGCAAGGAAAACUCAGCGGAUAAACGAUGGGUACUUCGAGAAGCACCAAACCCAUCCCUAUCAGAGUUCCAAAUACAGUUCAUCAAAAAGUUAUGGAUCAAGUAAUGAUAGAUAUGAAAGAAUCCGGGAUUCGCCCAAUGGGAAUUACAGGUCGGAUAGCCCUGAUUCUCAAUCACCCAGGGACCGAGAUAGAACUUAUCAAUCCAAGAACUCCUAUAUACAGAAAAUCCGUGAAAAGGAGAGAGAAAACAGAGACUAUAAAAUGUCCAGAGAUAAGUAUUCAGAUAGCGCCCGGUCACCAAAGGAUAAGCGUAGUAGAGAAUCUGAACACAGGAUAGGUUCUAAUAGAAAUGAUGAAAAAAGUAUCAUGCAUUCAAUUAAGACUUCUCAAAUAUCAUCUAGAGAUAGAAAACCAAUGCAUAAUAAUUGUAUAGAUAAGAGAGACGACAGAGAUAGAGUGGCAAGAGUAGGGGAUUGGUCCGAACAUGUGAGUUCAUCUGGAAAGAAGUAUUAUUACAAUUGCAAAACUGAAGUAUCUCAGUGGGAAAAGCCAAGAGAAUGGAUGGAACGAGAAAGGGAUCGUGAUCGAUUUAGAACUAGAGAUAGAGAAUCUGAUAGGAAUUACAGUAGUUGUAGCCGUUCCACUAUGAGGCAUGAGAAACAUUCCAACUCGCGAGCGGCAAAUAGUGGUAGUAGCAGUACCAAUAUAAAGGAACACAGCCGAGAAAGCGCCACAAGUAGUCGACAUUGGAGUAGUAGUAGCAGUAGAGAUGAUGGUGAUACCUCCUCCAAAGAUUCUUCGAGACUUUCUCAGAAGCUACCAGAAGAAAAUAUUCAGACUACUCAAGAUAUGGACAUCUCGCCAGGAGACAGUACUCCAACAUCAGAAGUUUCUUAUUCAAUUAGUACAACUCAACAGAUGAAUGACCAAUCAACAACCGUUGGGCCGGUACUUUUAGCUAACGCCCUACCAAAAUUAAUUUCACAUCCAAUCCACAUCCCGUCAACUCCAUUAGGAAGGACGGAGUUAUCACCUCAACAUACGCCAAUCCCAUCGACGCUAGCAAUUUCCAAUACGCCUGGACCACCAGUUACCCUAGGUUUGACUACUUCAUUACCAAGAAUGGUUUCUCAAAGCACGUCCACUUCAGAAAGUACAGAAAAGUUACUCCAAGGAGGUCAGCAGAGGCCUAUAACUAGUACAGCUGUAACAUCUGGUGAUACUGGGGUACUGACUAGUCUUACUGUUGACAUUAAUCACUCUGGUAGUGUAGUCGAGGGUCCGCCAACGCCUACACAUUCGGAGACGCCGGAUUGUGCAAAGGCUGCAGUUGUACCUGUCAGUAGUCCCUCUGGAAGUUUACAAACUCUACAGGGUGUAUCUAGUUCUUUGCAAGCCUUGCGACCGCAAGGACCUACAAUUACACCUUCUUUAGCAAAUCAUUAUAGAGAUGAUCUAGUGAAUCAUGUAAGGGGAUGGCCAGCGGAACUGUUGGAAAAACAGGCGCAAAAGCUGGCAGAGGAAGCACAUAUAAUGGGCAGUAUACAAUGUUCCAAAGUUUCAGCAGAACUGAAAUCUGCUAGGUCGAUAGUUCGACUAACAGAAAUCCAGGCUACUUUACAAGAACAGAGAAUAUUAUUUUUACGUCAGCAGAUAAAGGAAUUAGAAGAGUUAAAGUCACAAAAUUCAUUCAUGUCGGAUGAUACUUAGUAGUCAAAUAUCACAAGAUUUUAGUCAUUUAUGGUCAACUUCAGUGGAUAAAAUAAUAAUAAUAAAAAUUACUUAUUUAUAUUUUGUCCCCUUUUUAAGUCAAUCAUUUUUUACCUUCAAUUCUCUAUUUCCAAAGGAUGGUAUGUAAUUUAUAAGUUUUCUGAGUCCUACUAGUUAUGAAAUGAAAAAUGAAUAAUAUAGAAAAGAACAUUGUGAUUGUUGAACAGUGGUUGAAUUCACAUAUAUACAGACAAAUAUCUCAAACCAGAAACUAUCAAUUUAGUAUAUAUAAAGAUUUUGUAUAUUUUUAGAAAUAUAUGAUUUUUAAAAUAAUUUUUCCAAAAUUCUAAUAUUGUAAUUGCAUUUAAUAGUAUUGUAAUUAAUUUCUUUACAAAUUUGGUUUUAACAAACCCCAUCAGUACCUUUUGGUCUAAUUUUUAUUUAAUCGUUUGUGUUGAUUCAAUCUUUUGAUUUUGAUUGUAUUAAAUACAUUGUAUUGUAAAUACU